UGAAUGGCUCUUGUGACCAACAUGGUGCUGGUGCUGCUACUGGCGUGUUUGUGCCAGCAGUUGGCGCUGGUGAGCUGCCACAUGAACCACAAGUCUGCAAAAACAGCGGACAAGAGGAGAGGGCAGGACGCAGACAACAAGGGGACCAAAGCGUCUUUACGUCCUUUUAAGGUGAGGCUGGUGGGCAAGGACAAGCGGGGGUGCAGCUGGGCGGCGGCAGGUGAGGACCAGGUCACCCUGAUGGUCACCUGCACCCAGCGGGGGGUCACCUUCAGCUGCCAGUAUGCGGCCACCCCAUCCUCGUGUUCGCAGUAUGUGUCCAACGUAAAACUGUACUGGAAGCAGAUCGGACGAAGACUCAAACGGCACAGAAGUUUGUGUCGGGAGGGCGGAGCCCCGCUCAGGGCGAGGGUGUGCAAGGGUGCCCCCCAGGAUGCUGACUUUAGACUGAGAGAGGUACAGAAAACCACCACCGAGGCUCCUCCCACUACCUCAUCAGUGAAGUCCUGCAUCCCCGAGAACAGGAAGCUGGCUCAGGAGUACUGCACAGAGUCCUGGUCCAGUUUUUGCACCUUCCUCUUCACGAUGGUGCAAGGAGACGCUUGCAGAAAAUAG